AUGUUGGAUUCCAAUGAGUCUAACGUGAAAAUGACAUCCAGUCAUAGGAUUUCUUUUUCUAUAAUUGAUAUAAUGGACCCAAAUAAAUUUAAUAGCAAGAAGAUAUGCGAACUUUUCCCAACAAAGGAUAAGUUUCCUUCGCAGAACGUACGAGUGGCACGUUUUGAAGAGGACGCUGGCGCAGAUGGAGAGCCGCCACUUGUGCGCAUGGAAGCAGGUAAAGAUCUCACAAAACUACAGACAAUAAUUUAUUUUUGGUACAGGUAUACCCGCAGUUUUUUGUUUUGUUUUACGGGAAAAUAGAGCAUCAACAAACGUAUGUAGCCCAUGUCGCGUGUUUUAUUCGUUCAGUUCAGCAUAAUAUAUUUGUUUCGCAUUAUUACAUGAAUAAUGUCCAUAUAAUUUAUUUUCAACAUAGGGAUACAAUAAAUUAUAUAAUCUGUCCAUAGUUAAUUUAAUACGACGUAGGCCUAAUAGCCAAUAUGAGAAACACCUAUAGCUUCUUGGUUCACUGACCAACUAAGAGUGUGGCUAUUUUGAUCAGAUAAAAUGUUGUCAUCUCUAUAUGACCUUCCCUUAAUUUCCAAGGCUACGUUUCCUUUUAAGAAACCCACAAAGGGUUUCUCCCACAGCCCGGGUGUGUGAUUGGCAUUGGGACAGGCUGGCCAGAUAAUUGUUUAAAUCGUCCCAUUGAGGAUGCCUCCGUUCGCUUUGAUCGAUAUCCCAUUACUGCAUCCUGCAUAUCUCCCUCCAGCACCUUGCAGGUACAAACUUCAAACCACAUCCCUGUCUGAUCCUAAAUAUGGUUCGAUUAAAACUUCCCUUUAAAUAGAUUAGAUUUAUCGAUCCACCAAUAAAUAUGAAACUCCAUUAGCACGUCAUAGGUAGAUGGUGGAGCUGAAUUUGGACUGGAUUUCUUUCCCACAACAUGACAUUUGAGGCGAUUUGUGAUUAAUACAUUAUUUAGGGAUUAGAGGCUAAGCCACCCAUAGUACCCUUCUUAACCCUCGUUUCGUUCCACUCGCACAACUCCCUGAUUUUAAUCAAACACAUUUUACAGUUAUGCUAUUAGGUAUGCCUAUUUUAGACUAUUUAUUGGUUUUAGCGAUUUCAGACAGAGUCUUAAAUAUACUUAUCUUUUCAAUUUCAAGGAUAAUCCUUAAUUUUUCCUCAUUCUUACUUUACGCAUGGAUCUCAAAUUAGUCUCGGUAGUCCCAGACGUAGAACAUUGUUGUAGAGGGCAACGCGUCUGCCUAGGGAGACUAAUCUCAAAUAGGCUACUGUAAACGUCGUUUAGGUGGAAGUUAUGUAUCUAGAGAAGAGGUGCGGUCGGGUGGCGCUGUCCAUUCAGCACCACUUAGGGCCUACAGUUUUGCGCAUGUAUGAGCAUCCUCAACAACAGGAAUCCUUUUGAGAUCUUAUUUCCCUAUGUAUGAAAUCAAAAACAUUAUCUAAUUUGCUGAUAAUUUGUUUAGCUUUUGGAAAGCCCAUUUACGUUCAUGUUUGUGUUCACAGGCGAAGACACAGGGACUGACCAAUCAAGUAGCGCAGAUCUCAAGCACCAGGCAGCCGUCAACAACCCACUUUCAGUACACUCAACAACUGAGCCAGAGGAGCAAGAAGAGGGGGGUGGGGACUGCAUCAGCAGCAGCACCGAAACUUCAGCCACACAUGACCCCACGCCUCACAAACGGCGGCGCUCGGAUCACGAUUGCGUCAAGCCGCGGCGCGCUAGGACUGCCUUCACAUACGAACAACUGGUGGCUCUGGAGAACAAAUUCCGCUCUACGAAAUACCUGUCCGUGUGUGACAGACUGAACCUGGCUCUGUCCCUCAGCCUCACCGAGACGCAGGUCAAGAUCUGGUUCCAGAACAGAAGAACCAAGUGGAAGAAACAGAACCCGGGCGCGGACAGCACGAUGACGCCCGGGUCGACCUCUUUGGUCAGCGUCAACCCAUGUCCUGUGACUUGUGUGUCGAGUUCAGCCAGUUACCAAACUUUCCCGUCCUUCAGCUCUGGGAAUAUGAUCUUCCAUAAUGCUGGUGCGGUUCAUCUGUCGUCAACUGGAGGGCUGUUACAUCCCUUCCCACCCAAUGGUUAUCAUCUUCAGCCGUCCUACUUUACCCCACAUUUAUGA